UUUCCAGAUUUGAUUUGCACAUGGUAAUCAACUCCACGAGAUGGUUCGGGCUUCAGGGGGAGGCAUUUUCUAAUUCCUCCACAUAUUCAUUUUUCCCAGCAAAAUCUAAUCUCUAUAAACUUCAUCAUCACUUUGGAGGCCAAGAAAAGAAAACAACAAAUCAAAGCCGUCCAUGAUGACACUGCAAAACGACACAGUAUCGUCCCUGCGAAGCUCCUAUGACCUUUACCAGCUUCUUCUCGCUUUUAGGGACGCUUCCACCACCAUCACCACCAGCAUGGAUUUGUCCUGGUUGGUGGACUUCCUCAAGGGCAUGGUGAAACCGGUGGCCGCUACGUCGGUGGUGCUCUUGGCCGUGGCUUUGUCUUUCCUGCAAAAGUUGGGUUUGGAGGGUGAGAUGGUUUACUCCAUUGUUAGAGCUUUUCUUCAGCUCUCUGUUAUUGGGUUUGUCCUGGAGUUCAUCUUCAAUCAGAAUAAUGGCGGAUGGAUUAUUCUGGCUUACCUUUUCAUGGUCUCUGUUGCCGGUUAUACAGCCGGAAAAAGAGCUAAACAUGUUCCACGAGGAAAAUAUAUUGCCGGAGUUUCAAUCCUUGCCGGAACAGCGUUGACCAUGGUUUUUCUAGUUUUGCUUAAAGUGUUCCCUUUCACUCCACGCUAUAUCAUUCCCGUUGCCGGCAUGAUGGUCGGGAAUGCGAUGACCGUAACAGGGGUGACCAUGAAAAGACUCCGGGAUGAUAUCAGAGCCCAAACGAAUCUGGUGGAGACAGCACUGGCUUUAGGAGCAACUCCCAGACAAGCAACGGCUCAGCAGGUGAAAAGGGCGUUGGUGCUUGCUCUUUCUCCAGUACUAGAUAAUGCGAAAACUGUUGGCCUGAUAUCACUUCCCGGCGCCAUGACAGGAAUGAUAAUGGGAGGAGCUUCACCAUUGGAGGCCAUUCAAUUGCAGAUCGUGGUGAUGAACUUUCUUAUCGGUGCAUCAACGGUAAGUAGCAUCUUAUCAACGUAUCUUUGCUGGCCUGCCUUCUUCACCAAUGCUUUCCAGUUGGAAAGUAAAGUCUUCUCUUCAGAAUGAAGCUUUAGGGACCAUGUGAUUCAGAGCAUUGGAUCUAUAUAAAGUAUUGAUCUUACAUGAUUUUGUAUGUGGAACAUUCUUGAUUGUAAGAGUGAUCAUUGAAAUUUCCUUCUGGAUGUUCUAGUUCUAAAGAUAUGAUGUAAAGGGUUAGCAAUAUUACCAAAAGAUAUAUAAGAUGAUUGGUCCAUAAGGAAAUUAAAGUGGAGAAUA